AAGCAUCGCAGGUGAGCAUCUGCCUCGGCCGGAGCGCGCGGGGCCACAGCUGAUCCGGGAGGGGCGGCGCCGCGCGUGGCAUUCGCGAGCACAGGAAUCGGCGAGGCAACAGCCGUUCAAGAAGCAUGAACCUCAGACUAAGAUCUUUGAUUUGCCUGAUGGCACUCUCGGCGGCAUCGGAGGGUCAAGACGGGGCACUCGACACUGUCAUCGGCAUCGACCUUGGCACUAUGUAUUCCAGCGUGGGCGUGUUCCGCGACGGCCAGGUGGAGGUCGUCCCCAACGAGCGCGGCAACCGGGCCACGCCCUCGUACGUGGCGUUCACGGCGGACGGGCGGCGGCUGGUCGGCGAGGAAGCCCUGGAGCAGCUGCCGGACAACCCGUCCAACACCCUCUUCAACGUCAAGCGGAUCCUCGGCCGGGCGUGGGACGACAAGUUCGUGCAGAACGACCUGCAGUUCGCCGACUACACGCUGGUGCAGCGCGGGCGCAAGCCGCUCUUCUCCGUGUCGACGCCCGCGGCCAACCUGACGCUCACGCCCGAGGAGGUCGCGGCCAUGGUCCUGGCCAAGAUGAAGGAGGUCGCUGAGGCGCACCUGGGCCACAGCGUCAGCCAGGCCGUCGAGGUCCCCGCCUUCUUCAACGACGCCCAGCGCCAGGCCACGAAGGACGCCGCCGCCAUCGCCGGCCUGACGGUGCGCGAGAUCAUCAACGAGCCCACGGCGGCCGCCAUCGCCUACGGCAUCCGCAAGGACGUGGCCCGGGCGAACGUGCUGGUGCUGGACGUGGGCGGCGGCACGUUCGACGCGUCUAUCCUCAGGAUCAGCGACGGCGUGUACCAGGUGGCGGCCACCGGCGGCAACACGUCCCUGGGGGGCGAGGACUUCACCCAGCGGAUCGUCGAGUACUUCAUCGAGCUGUUCAAGAGGAGCCAGAAGCUGGACUUCAAGGGCGACACCGUCACCAUCCAGCGCAUCCGGCCGCACAUCGAGAAGGCGAAGCGGUCUCUGUCUUUCGGGAACUACGUGUGGGUGGAGGUGCCUUCGCUCGUCAUGGACACGGACUUCACGGAGCCCUUCUACCGCCUCGAGUUCGAGGACAUCAGCAGGGACCUGCUUCAGGCCGUGGUCGACACCGUCGAAGGCGUCCUGGACGACUCCGGCCUGCAGAGGAGCGAGAUCGACGACAUCCUCCUGGUGGGGGGGUCCACGCGCAUCCCGCUGCUGCAGAAGAUGAUCUCGGACGCCCUCGGCGGCAAGGAAUACUGCCGCGGCCUCAACCCGGACGAGAGCGUGGCGUACGGGGCGGCGGCGCAAGCGGCCAUCCUCUCGGGCAGGGACAUCUCCAGCAUCGUGGUGGUGGACGUGAACCCGCUGACGCUGGGGAUCGAGACGAACGACGCCGUCAUGUCGCCGAUGAUCCGCAGGAACUCCGCCAUUCCCGCCAAGAAGUCCCAGAUCUUCUCGACGGUCGUCGACAACCAGGAGAUGAUCACCUUCCGGGUGUUCGAGGGCGAGCGCCCCCUUACCAAGGACAACCACUUCCUGGGCGAAUUCACCCUCAGGCUCCAGCCGGCGCCCCGGGGUGUGCCCCAGAUAGAGGUGACCUUCGAGGUCAACACCGACGGCAUCCUGCGCAUCUCGGCGCUGGACACGGGCACCGGCAGGAGGGAGGAGCUCACCAUCACGAACGACGAGAAGCGCCUCUCCAAGGAGGACAUCGAGAGGAUGGUGAGGGCGUCGCAGGACCUCGUCGACGAGGACACCAAGCUCCACGACUGGCUCAACUCGAGGAACAACUUCGAGUUCUACGCCUACCAGGUCAAGGGCCGCAUCUUCAAGGAGGGGGCGGCGCUGUUCGAGGACGAGAAGAGUGCCGCCGAGAGAGCGAUCGAGGAGAAGCUGCGGUGGCUGCAGGACCACCCCGACGCGGCCAUCGACGAAGUCCUCGCCCAGAGGAAGGAGCUGGAGAAGGUCGUGGAGCCGAUCGUCGCCAAAAUCGCCAAGAAGGAUGAGCUGUGAGGCCGCCAAAAGCUUAUCCCAAUCCUGCGUCUCAAAAGUGAGCUCUGCUUGUGUGACUGUGAUUGUUUUGUACUGACGGCGAGCGAUGCGUGGCGCUUGCGGUGGUGAGAGAGACAGCGAAGUGUGCCGUUGCGUGAUGCGAACUUUACUAAUAAAGCAAAUUUGCUGCUCAGGCAAAUA